ACGGCAGAGCAUACUAGCUUCUAGGACAGAAGCCAACAAGAAACCACCGGAAGGAACCAUCUCCUCUGUGCAGACAUGACUUCCAGACUGGCCGUGGCUGUCCUGGCAGCCUUCCUGCUGUCUGCAGCGCUGUGUGAUGCUGCGGUUCUCACAAGGGUUGGCGGUGAACUCCGAUGCCAGUGCAUAAAGACGCACUCUGCAUCCUUCCACCCCAAAUAUAUCCAAGAGCUGAGAGUGAUUGAGAGCGGGCCGCACUGUGAGAAGUCAGAGAUCAUGUAAGUACUUCCAAGACGGGCUGGCCCUUCUUCUCUACUCCCGACCUGAGGAAGGGGGAAGUAUUCA